AUGGAAUUUGGGGCGAUCACAAAUUGCGUGGUGCGCUCUUUCUCUUUUCCGGACACUCACGACAAUGUGUUGGCCAAUCCAUUGCAUUCAAUCCCAGCACUGACGUACGCGCACUUAGCUCAUUGGAAUCCCUUUUUAUACCCGCGAAAUUUCCACUGUAAGUUGCUGUACGGACUGCGAGAACUUUGCCCCCAAAUGCUUUCAAAUAAAUUCGAAGAUUCGUGGAAUAUGCGGCUCUGCCCUAGGGCUCCUCCUCGCGAGGAGAGCAGCGUCGAUGCGCUCGCGCGGAUCGUCCGCGAGUGCGGCGGCGCCAGGGAUCUGCUGCGCGGGCGAUCGAUCCACGCCCGGAUCCUGGGCAGCGCCUGGCACGGCAAUCGCUUCCUGGCGAAUCUCCUGGUGGAGAUGUAUGGCAAAUGCGGCAGCGUGGAGGAGGCACGGAUGGUCUACGACGACAUCGAUCGCCCCAACAUCUUCUCCGCGACGAUCAUGAUCGCGGCGUAUGGGCACAGCGGGCGCGUCGCGGAGGCGCGAAUGAUCUUCGAUGGGAUCAGCGCUCCCGAGCGGGACGUGGCGUGCUGGAACGCCAUGGCCAAGGCCUACACGCGCAGUGGCUGCUCCGCCGAGGCCAGCCGGUUCUUCUUCCAGGGGAUGCUCCAGAGGAAUGUGGUGUCGUGGACGGCGAUGCUGGGCGCUUGCGCGGAGAAUGGGCAUACGAUCGAGGCUGCCCGGAUCUUCCAGAAAAUGCCCCAGUGGGAUCUUGUGUCCUGGAACGCCAUGAUUCACGCAUAUGCCGAGAACGGGCAUUACUCCCAGUCGAAGCUCUUGUUUGAUUUGAUGCCGCAAAGAGAUGUUAUCUCGUGGACGGAUGUACUCGCGAGCUAUACACAAGCUGGACUUGUGAGAGAAGCGAAGGAAGUGUUCGAUCGAACGCCGGAGUGGAGUGUGAUCUGCUGGAACUGCUUGAUAUCAGCAUAUGCCGAGAGUGGGCACUUGGAGGAGGCAAGGGAUUUGUUUGCCAGGAUUCCUGAGCGGAACACCAUAUCGUGGAACGCGAUCUCGCAGGCAUUCGCAGGAGCUGGAGACCUGGAUUCCACAAAGCAAAUCUUUGAUGAUACGCCUCACAAGGAUGUUGUGUCGUGGAACUCGAUGAUCCAGGCGUAUGCAUCACAAGGCAACGAUCUGGAGCAAGCUGGAACAACCUCCCAGAGAAUGCCGCAGUGGAGCAUGGUGUCAUGGAACACCAUCGUCUCGGCCUACGCUCAAAAGGAUCUUUUGGUGGAAGCCCGGGGAUUGUUCGAUGGUAUGCCUCACAGGGACGUGGUCUCGUGGGCGGUGAUGAUCGCCGGCCACGCUCAGAAUGGUAGCAUCCAGGGAGCGAAAGAGUUCUUCGACAGGAUGCCGCAGUGGAGCCUUCUCUCGUGCAGCUGCGUGCUGAUGCUCUACGCUCAAAACGCGAGGCUGGAGGUGGCGAGGGAGAUGUUUGAGUCCAUCCCGCACCGCGACGUUGUCUUCUGGAACUCGAUGAUCCAGCGCUACGCCGAGAACGGCCACGCUCGCGAGGCUCUCGGACUUGUGGAGCUCAUGUUCUUGGAGGGGGUGACGCCGACUGGUAGCAGCUUUGUCGGUGCUCUGACGGCGUGCAUCCAUAUCGGCCUCGUCGAUCGCGGGACCCAAUACUUCGUGUCCAUGUCCGGCGACUUUGGAUUGGAUCCUUCGCUGGAUCACUACUGCUGCGUCAUCGAUGCUCUUGGGAGAGCUGGCAUGCUCGAGGAGGCCGCGGAACUGAUCGAGACAAUGCCGUUCAAAGCUGACGCCGUGGUGUGGACGACGCUCUUAAACUCGUGCCGGGUUCAUGGAAAUCUGGAGAUCGGCUCGCGAGCCGGGAAGAAAAUGUCCGAGUUGCAACCAGAGAGCGGUGUUCCAUACGUCCUCGUCUCAAACAUAUACGCUGGGGAGUCCAAGGAGCCAGAAGAACUAUGAGGUACAUAUAGCAAAAGCUCCAUUUUUUUUUAACUUGGCGUGUGGAACUUUCGACAGUGAUUCGCAGACUGUCGAAUAUACCUUGAUUGCCAUUCGGACAAAGGAAUCUCGAGAUGGCGUUACUCUCUUGCAAGCGGUGAUCACGGAGCUUCAACGGGAAAGAUCUACACACGGUGGUGAGCUUGGGCCUCGAUCGUGGCAACAAGAGUUUCGUGAGAGAGGAAGGGAUUGCAUAGCAAAAACGCGAU